UGUAGUCUCAGCUGAUUGACACACAGCCCCUCAACUUGCUACACUCGGCGUCCUCAAUUUAGUCUAAAGAAGUAAACAUAAUUCAUCAAUAAUUGAUUUAAUACUCUAGCUGAAAAUCUUUGCUUGCAGAAUUCCAUAGAAGAGGACGAAGACGGAUUGUUUUAAAUGGGCAGCAGGGAGUAAAUGAAGAGCUGUAACGGCAUCCUCUCUCUCUCUCUCUCUCUCUCUACAGAACCUGAACAACCGUCUGCUCCAGAGCACCUCAUGAAUUGACUCGGUAUCUCCUGUUAUCCUGAUAUUAUUUUGCUUCUUCUUAGGGUCUUUUAUUUUUCCCCGAUGACUACUUUUGACUUCUCUGAUGUGGAAGCGUUUUUGGACUGCCACCCGGACCUCUUUGAGGAGUAUGUCGUGCGUAAAGGAAAAUGCGAUACGGUGAGCAGGUGGUUGAAGGACCAACAGCCGUCCAAAGUCUCCCUUGCCGAGGAAAAGCGUGGCGGAGUGCCCAGGGACCCGCUCUGGCCGACCAACCCUGACGGUCUCCGGCGCCGCUCCUCCCACAUGGAGCUCCGAAGGAACUUUGCCCGGUCCAAAGCCACCACCGCGCACAGAACCUACGACGAGCACGCCAGUCACAGGGAACACGAUGAUUCCCAGUCCAGCAUGAGACGCCGCGCGUUACUGCGCAAAGCUAGUUCUUUGCCGCCAACCACCGGGCACAUUCUGAGCGCACUUCUCGAAUCCAGGGUCAAUGUGCCCCAGUACGCUUCCAGUGCCAUCGACUACAAAUACAGACUGAAGGAGACCAAUGAGAGGGAGUUCUUCCUCGAGUUGGUGAAAGAUGUCUCCAAUGACCUGGACAUGACCAACCUGAGUUAUAAGAUCCUAAUCAAUGUGUGUAUCCUGGUGGAUGCGGAUAGGUGCUCGCUGUUCCUAGUUGAGGGACCAUCUCACAAGAGAACGCUCGUGUCUAAGUUAUUCGACGUGCACCUGGGCACCACGGUGCGACCCUCUUCGAGCACUCUGAACUCUAACGAGGUGCAGGUGCCAUGGGGAAAGGGCAUUAUUGGAUACGUGGCAGAGCAUGGGGAGACUGUAAACAUACCCAACGCAUAUGAGGACCAUCGGUUCAGUGACGAGAUAGACAAGCUGACCGGCUAUAAGACCCAGUCCAUCCUGUGUAUGACCAUCUGUAACAGUGAUGGAGAGGUCAUCGGGGUUGUGCAGGCCAUCAACAAAAACCCAAUCGGAACACCUUUUACUGAGGACGAUGAGAAGGUGCUGCAGAUGUAUCUACCGUUCUGUGGAAUAUCCAUCUCCAAUGCCAAGUUGUUUUCAGAGUCUCGGAAGGAGUACGAGAGGAGCAGAGCUCUGCUAGAGGUGGUGAAUGACCUGUUUGAGGAACAGACAGACCUGGAGAAGAUAGUGAGGAAGAUCAUGCAGAGAGCUGUGACCCUGCUGCAGUGUGAACGCUGCUCUGUGUUGCUGCUGGAGGAUAUACACUCACCU